AUGGCACAAACAACGACCAACCUCAUUGAUCUUAAGCCGUGUCGAUUUGACUGGAAAGUGGUGGUUCGGGUCAUGCGACUGUGGAAAGUUCCUAGCAAAAACAAUCCAAAUGAAAUGAUCAGUAUCGAUAUGGGUGACAAGAUCCAUGCUUCUAUAAAAUGUAAUCCCUUGAAAAAGUUUGAACUUAUUGUGAAUGAAGGCAGGAAUAGUAUUUCCAAUGCUUUCCACAGCAGUAAGUUACUAAUAAAUGAAAAUUUAGAGGAACAUAGAGAGUACAGAGAAAAUCGCAACAAACUUAGAUGUGCUCUAUCGGACAAAUAUGCUGAGGAACUGUCCACACAUUUGAUCAAUGACAUAUCGGAUAGCCCUAUCAUUAUUAUUUUGCAAUUAUGCAUGGUAAAAAGUUUCAAUGGCAGAAAUAGUAUUUCCAAUGUUUUCCACAGCAGUAAGUUACUAAUAAAUGAAAAUUUAGAGGAACAUAGAGAGUACAGAGAAAAAUUGAUGAUGCAAGCUGGAACAUUUUCUCAAUCAAUUAGUCAACUAUCAACUCAGCGGUUCAUUGGAAUUUCUGAUGAUUUACUUCAGACAGAACAUAUGACAAUCAGUGAUUUAAUGGAUUACACAAGUAUAUAA